UUCGUUUAUAGAAUAACCAAAUCAUACGGCGAUUUGGCCCUCCCACGAACAAAACCACCGGUACACCGCCCCGGCGCGGCGCGCGGAGACGUGUCCCGAUCCAACUCACGAAUUGGGGAGCACACAACAAAAUUCCGAUCCAACCCUAAGCCCGAUCCGCCCUAGCACGAUCCCCUCCCCCCUCCCCGUCUCCGAUCCCCCUCCUCCACCUCAGAUCUCCGGCGAGCCGAUCGAAUCGGCGGCUGCGGCGGCGGCGGCGGCGCGAUGUCGGGGCAGACGCAGCGCCUGAACGUGGUGCCGACGGUGACGAUGCUCGGGGUCAUGAAGGCCCGGCUCGUCGGCGCCACCCGCGGCCACGCGCUCCUCAAGAAGAAGUCGGACGCGCUCACCGUGCAGUUCCGCGCCAUCCUCAAGAAGAUCGUCGCCGCCAAGGAGUCCAUGGGGGAGGCCAUGAGGGCGUCCUCCUUCUCCCUCGCCGAGGCCAAGUACGUCGCCGGCGACGGCGUCCGCCACGUCGUCCUCCAGUCCGUCCGCUCCGCCUCCCUCCGCGUCCGCUCCCACCAGGAGAACGUCGCCGGUGUCAAGCUCCCCAAGUUCACCCACUUCGUCGACCCCGCCGCCGGCUCCGCUGGGCCAUCCAACGCGUCCCCCAGCCUCACCGGCCUCGCCCGCGGCGGGCAGCAGGUCGCCGCCUGCCGCGCCGCGCACGUCAAGGCCAUCGAGGUGCUCGUCGAGCUCGCCUCGCUGCAGACGUCCUUCCUGACCCUCGAUGAGGCCAUCAAGACCACCAACCGCCGUGUCAACGCGCUGGAGAACGUCGUGAAGCCGAGGCUGGAGAACACCAUCAGCUACAUCAAGGGGGAGCUGGACGAGCUCGAGCGUGAGGACUUCUUCAGGCUCAAGAAGAUCCAGGGUUACAAGAAGAGGGAGAUCGAGAGGCAGAUGGCUGCAGCCAAGCAAUUCGCAGAGGAACAGCUUGCGGAGGAGGUUGCCCUCAAGAGGGGUAUCUCUGUGGGUGCUGCCACCAACAUGUUGGUUGCCGGUGGAGAGAGGGACGAAGACAUCAUCUUCUGAUCAUCUUCGGUCAUACAGUGAUUCAAUCGUGGUGGAAAUAAUAAGUUGUGAUGCUGGAGCUCCAGAAUCGCACCUGUUUAUAGAGUGGCGGAGGUUUUGUUUCAGGCGGUAGUCUGGACUCUGUUCAUCCAAAAGACCACAAAUAAUUUGUACUUGGAACCAACCAACGGAUGGAUUGUUUAUGUGCAGUUUUCGUAGUUAAUUCAAUUGGGCUGUAUUUCUUUGCCAUGUUCGUUUUAGCUAUAUAUUUGUUUGGAAAGGUGUUCGUUGAUUGGGGUUUCGCAAACUGAAGCUGCAGACUCGAAGUGUAUUUCGAUCUGGUUGAGUAAUUCUGUACUCUGUACUGUAGCAGCACACUUUUCGUUCUGAAUUGUCGUGGAUGGGAAAAGAAUAAUUAAGCUCUCA